UCAUGACGUAUACACGGGAAAUGGCAACGCAAGCGAACGGAAUCACAACAUUGCACCUGAAGUCUCCUUCUUCCUCUUCUCCCUGUUUAACUAGAGCCUUUUAAUGACUCGUUUUAAUGGCGGGUCUCUUCUCCUCCCCCUGAGGAUCUAAAGCUUCAGUAAAAGUUAAAUAUUCAGGCUGCAGAGUUUAAAAACAUGAUGCUGGGAGCUCAGGAAGCUAACCAGCAGCUAACGGGAGCUAGCAGAGGUCUGUGCGGCUGUGAUGAGUGUCACUGUGCAAAAUGACAAGAAGACGAGCCAAGGAGUGAACCGAUAAUCUAACAGCAUGUGACACACAUUCAGACCCCUGAAAAGUUGGUUUCGAAGAUGCCUCGUCUGGAAGAGCUGGCCAACGUGGUCCUCAGGGUGCCCAGCAUCCUGCUGCUGGACCUGCUCUAUAAAUGUGACAUUGAAGGUUUAACAGAGCACCUGAAGGCCAAGAAUGAAGACCUGCUCUUCAAAUACAAAUAUGUCAUCUGGAACAUGUACUACCUGGGUCAUCUGAUAAACGUGGUGGUGCUUGUUCUGCCAUUGAGACACAUUGUGACGCUCUACCUCCACAUCCUCACUGCCCUUCUCCUCUACAUGGGGCAUCAGAUUUCCAAGGAUUACAUUCGAGAGGAGCUUCAGUACGGUUACGAGGGAGCGGUGUACCUCGACUCUCUGGCCUUCAACAGAUUUGUCUCCGCGAUGACGAGUCAGAUCAUCCUCAGCACGCUGUGUGCCUUCCUGAUGAAGACCAGAAAGGUGUGGCUGUUCUCUGCUCACAUGCUCCCCCUGCUGGCCAGACUCUGCGCUGUCCCUCACGCCAUGCUGUUAACUGUCAACACUUUCUCCAUGGGCCUAACCGGAGUGGGAAUCACCGUGUUCCUCCUCUCACAUCUCUUCCUGCCAUAUCGACUCGCAAGGGCUGCUUACUCUGAGCUGCUGCAGCUGGAGGUGAUCGAGCUGUACAGACUCCUCGCUGUGGGAAUCUCUCUGUGGAACCAGUUUGCCGUCCCUGUGCUCUUCAGCGUCUUCUGGUUCGUUCUGUUUGUCGUCCAGCUGUGCUCAGACGCCAUGUCCGCCAACGCCUCAGCCGGCCAUCAGGGAAUCCUGUUCUUCCUGCUCACAAGUGUCUCUGAAUGUUGUUCCACGCCGUAUUCGCUCCUCGGUCUGACCUCCGUGGUGUCCUAUCUCGCUCUUGGACUGCUGAACCUAUGCAAGUUCUACCUGGGAGGUUAUGCAGCUGUGCAGAAUGAGAACGUGAUGCACAGAGGUGUAACCGAAGGCGUCACGCUGCUCCUCCUCGCUCUCCAGACGGGCCUCUUAGACAUGCAGGCUCUGCAGCGCACCUUCCUCCUCAGCAUCAUCCUCUUCAUCGUGGUGACUUCGACCCUGCAGUCCAUGAUCGAAAUAACAGACCCGGUGAUUCUGGCGCUGGGUGCUUCACGGAACAGGAGUCUGUGGAAACACUUCCGCGGCCUCAGCAUGUGUCUGCUUCUGCUGGUUUUCCCCGUCUUCAUGGCUUAUAAGAUCUCUCAGUUCUUCCACAUGGACUUCUGGCUGCUCAUACUUGUGUCCAGCUGCAUGCUGACUUCCCUUCAGGUCACAGGCACCAUGCUGAUCUACUCGCUCUUCAUGGUGGAGCUGUUCCGCAGCGACCCCAUCGAGAGCCUGGACGAGGUCAUCUACUGGGUGAACGCCGUCAGCCGGGUGCUGGAGUUCGUGGUGGCGCUCUGCGUGGUGGCGUACGGCACCUGGGAGUCCCUGUUCGGGGAGUGGAGCUGGAUGGGCGCCUCGGUCAUCAUCAUCCACUCUUACUUCAACGUUUGGCUGCGAGCUCAGUCCGGCUGGAGGAGCUUCUUGCUCAGGCAGGAGGCGGCGAAGAAGAUCAACUCGCUCCCCAGAGCCACGGAGCAGCAGCUGAGGCAACACAACGACGUCUGCUCCAUCUGCUUCCAGGAGAUGAGCUCAGCUGUCAUCACAUACUGUGGACAUUUCUUCCACGGCAACUGCCUUCGCAAGUGGCUGUACGUGCAGGAGACCUGCCCCAUGUGCCACCAAACGGUCCGACCCACCUCGCCAGGUCCAGCUUCAGAAGACGCUCCGGCUGCACAAACUCAGAGGGAAGCAGAGCCAGAGCCAGCAGCACCAGAGCAAGAUCAGAACCUGGACCCCAGCACUGAGACGCAGGGUGAUGCUGUAACUCCUGAUCCCGCCAAAGAGGAGGGUGAUUGUACGACGGGAGAUAAAGACCAACCAGGAGAACCCCAGGGAGAAGCUGUUCAGGGUCUGCGUUUCAGCUCCAGUGGAGACUUUGUUGGAUUUGUGAGCCCAGCUACAAGCUGCUCCUCCACGGGAGCUCCUGCCUCAGAUUCCCCAUUAGAUAAAACUUCUCCCAACACGCACAAUCAAGGUGAAGACUCCCCAACGCCGCUGACUCCUCAUGCUGGAAAUGAGAACACAGCUGAGGGUCAGUCUGACUCCUGCGGGGUCACUUCUAGCCCCAUGGGGCCACAUAACAGUGAAGGUAAACAUGAAGACUGUGAGGAGACUCCUGAAUCAUGGAUUUGUCUUAACUCAAACAAUGCUGAGGCGUCUGAUGUGAGCCUCGAUGAUAUCCACACAUCUGUGAGAUCAUGUAAAGAAAACUCAGACUGCACAGAUGAUUCACUAACUUGUAGAAGUAGCAGCUCAGAGAGGCUAAAACUGCCCCCCCACAGACCCCCCACAGACUGUCCUCCUCCUCCUGCACAAACAAACCACAGAGACUGACUGCCCUGCAUCAGUGCCUUGAAGGAUUCGAAGGGUGAUUCUCCACAAUGGAGAGUUUAACACAUUUGCCUUCUCUCUGUUAAUCGGCAGCAUUUCUUAAAGCAGACAGUGUGAUGAAUGUGCUUCAGACAGCAUGGACUGAACAUGGAGAGUGAGGUGUGUCGGGUAAACGUUGAGCCCUUUGUUGUAAAACUGUAAAGAGAAUAAUGUGAAAAAGAUCCAGAUGAAUUAUGUGUUAUUUUAAAGCAAUGAUCUUAAUACCAAAUUCUAGCAGGUCAUGAGUAAAUCUGUUUACUUUGAGCAGCUUAACGUCGUCUGAUUUACUUCUCCUCGUUUGUCUUCAUGUGUCGCCUCCUGUGAGAGCAGCGUGCUAAAAAGGAAAAGCUUCAGCAGUUGUUAAUCAUGAAUCAGUCUUUUGUACUCCAUCUCUCAGUAUUAAAUUACUGCUGUGUACA